UUCCCUUAAAAGCCCUGAGAGGGAGGCACCCCCACUUGGGUGCUGGACUGGAUUCUUAGAGGGGCUACCUGAAGCAGGACUUUUUCCUACGUUGAAGUCACCAACUGAGGACAGGAACAGGUCCCCCAUCUUUGGAAUAUCUUCCGGGUCUGACUGGCCUGUGUGUGCCUCCCAUGAACAGAGACGUCCCAGAGGUGUUCCUCACAGGUGGAGAGCCGGUACCCCAAGGCCACACUCGCCGCUGCCUGUCUGUGGUGGAGUCCAGAGAGCAGCUGGAGGAAGAGGAGGAGGAAGAGGGAAAAAAGGAGGGAGAUGGCUUCCAUGCUGUGCCCCUCCGAAGGUCGGGGGCUUUCCGUGCCCAUAGCCACAACUAUGACCCCUUCAAAAGACAUAGUUGGGGGCCAGGCAGGGAGCUCCAGGAUCCACUGAGCAGGAGCAAACUGCAGGCAUCGGGAUGCACGAGCCCCCAGGAGGCCCCCUUAUUGCAGAGCCAAGACGAACUGGACACCUUUCUGGAACUGCGGCACCAAGGUGGCCGAUCCUCCCACGUGGACAACUCAGACUUUCUAUUUCUUCUAGAUUCAGUUUUGGGUCAGGGUUCCUGUCGUCCAUCUGCUGGCCCUUUGGACCACCCAGCCACUGGCAUGCUUUCCAAGUCUGUAUCCAUGAGUGGCAUCAAUUGCUUCUUGGGCUGCUCAGAUCCAGCUGGGAAUUUAUCCCAGUCGUCUGCCGCUGACCUCAGCCAAAGCUGUAGCCAACUGGAAGGGGGCUCGGGAACCUGGGCAGGCUCCUCCCUGCGACGGACCCUCAGCUUCCUCUUGGGCAUGACCGGGAAGGCCAAGACCCGGGAAAAGGAGAAGAUGAAGGAAGCCAAGGAUGCCCGCUAUACCAAUGGGCACCUCUUCACCACCAUCUCCGUUUCGGGCAUGACCAUGUGCUAUGCCUGUAACAAGAGCAUCACAGCCAAGGAAGCCCUCAUCUGCCCAACCUGCAAUGUGACUAUCCACAACCGCUGUAAAGACACCCUCGCCAACUGUACCAAGGUCAAGCAGAAGCAACAGAAAGCUGCCCUGCUGAAGAACAACACUGCCUUGCAGUCUGUUUCACUUCGCAGUAAGACCACCACCCGGGAGCGGCCCAGCUCUGCCAUCUAUCCCUCCGACAGCUUCAGGCAGUCCCUGCUUGGCUCCCGCCGUGGCCGCUCCUCCUUGUCUUUAGCCAAGAGUGUUUCCACCACCAACAUUGCUGGACACUUCAAUGAUGAGUCUCCCCUGGGGCUGCGCCGGAUUCUGUCCCAGUCCACAGACUCCCUCAACAUGCGGAACCGAACCCUGUCGGUGGAGUCCCUCAUCGACGAAGGUGCAGAGGUCAUCUACAACGAACUGAUGAGUGACUUUGAGAUGGAUGAGAAGGACUUUGCAGCUGAUUCCUGGAGCCUUGCUGUGGACAGCAGCUUCUUGCAGCAGCAUAAAAAGGAAGUGAUGAAGCAGCAGGAUGUCAUCUACGAGCUAAUCCAGACGGAACUGCACCACGUGCGGACACUGAAGAUCAUGACCCGCCUCUUCCGCACGGGGAUGCUGGAAGAGCUACAGCUGGAGCCUGCAGUGGUCCAGGGCCUGUUCCCCUGCGUGGACGAGCUCAGUGACAUCCAUACACGAUUCCUCAGCCAACUGUUAGAACGCCGACGCCAGGCCCUGUGCCCUGGCAGCACCCGGAACUUUGUCAUCCAUCGUUUGGGUGACCUGCUCAUCAGCCAGUUCUCAGGUCCCAGCGCAGAGCAGAUGCGUAAGACCUACUCGGAGUUCUGUAGCCGCCACACCAAGGCCUUAAAGCUCUAUAAGGAGUUAUAUGCCCGAGACAAACGCUUCCAGCAGUUCAUCCGGAAAGUGACCCGCUCGGCUGUGCUGAAGCGGCAUGGGGUCCAGGAGUGCAUCCUACUGGUGACUCAGCGCAUCACCAAGUACCCGGUGCUCAUCAACCGGAUCUUGCAGCAUUCCCACGGGAUGGAGGAGGAACGCCAGGACCUGACGACAGCACUGGGGCUAAUGAAGGAGUUGCUAUCCAAUGUGGACCAGGAUGUGCAUGAGCUGGAGAAAGGUGCCCGCCUGCAGGAGAUCUACAACCGCAUGGACCCUCGGGCCCAGACCCCAGUGCCUGGCAAGGGCCCUUUUGGCCGAGAGGAGCUUCUGCGGCGCAAGCUGAUCCAUGAUGGUUGCCUGCUCUGGAAGACGGCAACUGGGCGCUUCAAAGAUGUGCUGAUGCUGCUGAUGACAGAUGUGCUGGUGUUUCUCCAGGAAAAGGACCAGAAGUACAUCUUCCCUACCCUGGACAAGCCCUCAGUGGUACCACUGCAGAAUCUAAUCGUUCGGGACAUCGCCAACCAGGAGAAAGGGAUGUUUCUGAUCAGCUCGGGGCCCCCUGAGAUGUAUGAGGUCCACACGGCAUCCCGAGAUGACCGGAGCACCUGGAUUCGCGUCAUUCAGCAGAGCGUGCGAGUAUGCCCAUCCAGGGAUGACUUCCCCCUGAUUGAGACGGAGGAUGAGGCUUACCUGCGGCGAAUCAAGAUGGAGCUGCAACAGAAAGACCGGGCACUGGUGGAGCUGCUGCAAGAGAAGGUCGGGCUGUUCGCCGAGAUGACCCAUUUCCAGGUGGAAGAGGAUGGCGGCAGUGGGAUGCCCCUGCCCACCCUGCCCAGGGGCCUUUUCCGCUCUGAGUCCCUUGAGUCCCCUCGUGGCGAGCGGCUGCUGCAGGAUGCCAUCCGUGAGGUGGAGAGCUUGAAGGACCUGCUGGUGGGGCCUGGAGUAGAGCUGCUCUCAACAUCCCGAGAACCAGCCCUGCCAACGGAUCCAGACAGCGGCGGUAACACGAGUCCUGGGGUCACUGCCAAUGGUGAGGCCAGAACCUUCAAUGGCUCGAUUGAGCUCUGCAGAGCUGACUCAGACUCCAGCCAGAAGGAUCGAAAUGGAAAUCAGCUGAGAUCGCCCCAGGAGGAAGCGUUGCAGCGAUUGGUCAAUCUCUAUGGACUUCUACAUGGCCUACAGGCGGCUGUGGCCCAGCAGGACACUUUGAUGGAAGCUCGGUUCCCUGAGGGCCCUGAGCGGCGGGAGAAGCUGUCUCGAGCCAACUCUCGGGAUGGGGAUGCUGGCAGAGCCGGGGUUGCCCCCGGGGCUCCUGAAAAGCAGGCCACGGAACUGGCAUUACUGCAGCGGCAACACACGCUGCUGCAGGAGGAGCUGCGGCGCUGCCGGCGGCUAGGCGAAGAGCGGGCCACCGAGGCCGGCAGCCUGGAAGCCCGGCUCCGGGAAAGCGAGCAGGCCCGGGCUCUGCUGGAGCGGGAGGCCGAGGAGGCUCGCAGGCAGCUGGCCGCCUUGGGCCAGACUGAACCGCUCCCAGCCGAGGCCCCCUGGGCCCGCAGGCCUCUGGACCCUCGGCGUCGGAGCCUCCCUGCCGGCGAUGCCCUGUACUUGAGUUUCACCCCCCCACAGCCCAGCCGAGGCCACGAUCGCCUGGAUUUGCCUGUGACUAUUCGCUCUGUCCAUCGACCAUUUGAGGAUCGAGAGAGACAGGAGCUGGGCAGCCCCGAGGAGCGGCUGCAAGAUAGCAGUGACCCUGACACUGGCAGCGAGGAGGAAGGUGGUGGCCGUCUGUCUCCGCCCCAUAGUCCACGAGACUUCACCCGAAUGCAGGACAUCCCGGAAGAGACUGAGAGCCGCGACGGGGAGCCUGUGGCUUCAGAGAGCUAAGGGGGCCCCUCCCCCCUGCCCUGUGCCCCCCUGAAGAACAUUACUGAGGGAGGAAAAUCUUGGGGACUCCAAUCUGCCAAUGACAAGGGAACAUUUGAAAGAACUGCUGAUUGUCCUUGCCAGCUCUUGGGAUCCUUGGAUACCUGGGGCCAUUUAGGAAGCUGGGCGAAUUAGGCCAUAGUGCCCCCUGGUGGCAUCCAGAAGCUACACCACAGAUGCCAAUCUUUCAUGCCUUCUUCCCUCUACUUUAGGAAAAUUUAUUUAUUUAUUGUUUAUUAGUUAUGGAGGGAGAGAGGAGAUUUAGAGGACCAGGGACAUGGGAACCAAGCCAUAGGGAUCAGGGGGCCUUGUCCUUUAACACUACUGGGGUUUAUUCAGGCUUAGCCGUGCAACUGCAGGGUUCUAGCCCUGACACCCCUCCCCAGCAACAACCAUCUUUGAGGAGAGGCUGCAGCCACAGGAGCCUAUUGCCCUUCCAGAAGGGCUGUGGGAAGGGCCAUGUCCCUCUCCCACUUCCCUCAGCCUCUUCCUGCUGUUCUCUCUUCUCUCCAUCCUCCAUGGAAACCCCAGGGAGAUAACCUGGCUUCCUAGAGCUGAUGGAAUAGAGGUUGAGGUGGCCAUAAUAGUUUGUUGCUGGGGGAGGGAAAAAAACCCACAGGGACCAGAAUGUUCUUUUGUUGUUGUUAUUUUCUUUUUUGUACCAAAGCCAACUGCACGUGUUUUAUAUUUUUAAGAGAAGAUUGUAGGCAGUUAGAAAUCACAGCCUUCUAUCUCCACAUCUCUGAAGAACUUGAGGGAUGGGGGAACAACGGCUUCUCUCCUCAUCUAUAGUAAUGGGGGAUCUCUUCUGACCUCUUCCCCAGCCAUUUGGAAAAAAAGUUCUAGGGAGAGUCGGGAAAUCUCCACAAAUCCUGACCUCAUCCCCCACCUCAGCAACCAUGACCUGAAACCUCAGUGUGAAUUUUGGGGAUUUUUCAAUGGACCCCCCAGUGCCCACCAGCUCCAGCCGUUUUUCUGCCAAUUUGAUUGUAAAAAAAAAAAAAAAAGGAAGGGAAAAAACACAAAGCAGGGAAAAUUAAAGACCUGGAACCUGGAACCCCAUGAUGUGCUGUCUCUUAAUGUCUGCUGGUUCCGAGGGUGCUGGUAAUGAGGAAAGCCGGGCAGUGACCCGUGUCCCUCCAGAAGAGGUCUUUGCCUCUCACAGGAACGACAGACUGCCUCAUUGAAGACGGGGCACUAGCCACAGAACCUGCUGCAGGCCUUUUUUGUUGUUGUCGUCGAUGUUCACGAAUACAAGGAUGAGAAUGAAGGGGCGCUGAGCUGGUUCCAGUGGCUGCUGGGGAUUCCAAUAUUAGAAAACUUGUUUCCAUCUCAUUUGCAUGCCAUGCUCAGAAACUGCAUCAGCCUGUUGCCCCCUUCCUUCCCUUUGGGCACAGUUCCUGUUAGCCUCUCCCCUGUCAUUCAUUUUCAGACUCAGCCCCACUCUGCCCUGGUUCUUCCCAGUGUCAGGGUCCUGGGGUAACCUCUUUAAGACAGUUCCCCUCAGAGGAGCUGCUCGUUUGCUCUCUGCCUCUUGGAGAGGUAGUGAGAGAUUAGGUUGGUUUCAGUUCUUGGUUUUGGUUCAUUUUGCUUCCUGUUUCUGGUUAAUACCCUACUCUGGGGCUGUGGGGGGAGGGAGGAGGUGAGAGUCUAGAGUUGAAUAAAUGCUGGCAUGCAUACACAUGUCUCUGUUGGAGCCCAUGGGGUAAGAAGAGAAGAAUGGGGCUCAAGACCUCAGCUGGAAAGAGGAAUCGAAAUCACGUGAGGGGGCAGGCUUGGGGGAGCAGCCAGCACCCUGCACCCCUGUACUUCUCGUCCACCAGCACUGGCCUUUACAAAGUGCUUUCUCAUCCAUUACGGGACGUGUGAGGUAGGAGUUUGUUCUCAUUUUGCAGAGAAACCUAGGUGCAGAAAGGUUGCCAGGCCCGGAGAGGUGAGCCAGGAAGGGGCCAGCUCUCCUCGCAACAGUCCUCCACUUCCCCUCCUCGGCUGCUUUGCCUAAAAAUACCAGAACAAGUUGCAAACGCACUGACACACGGCUCAGCAGCUGUCUGCCUUGUCAGCUGGAAGCGGCUGGGACCUGAAGCUGUAAAGGCGGUGCAGGGGGUGGGAGUGGGGUAUCAGCAUCCGAAGACCACCAAGAAAGGGGAAUGCAGGCUCCCCAGCUUUCUCACACAGAUCCAGGGAAGACACGAAGCGCACGGUGCAGGUGUGGAGAAGCCCACAGCACGUGGGAGAGCCGUGCUGUCCCUCCUGCUGCCCCUUGACCAAAACCUGUCCUCAUCCUUGGCCCUGAAACUUAGGUCACACAUUUCUCUGACAUGGCUGUUCUGAGAUUAGCCCCUCACAUCUUUCACCAUUCUAUCCAUUGUCCCCUCUAAUCCCAUUUUCGGAAACUCUAUCCCUUCUGCCGCCGUUUCAAAGCUCUCUGGCUUCAUGCUCCAGGAAGCCAGGGCCCAGCUUCUCGCCACAACAAUGCCUUCUUUCCCGUCCGAGAGGAGCUCCAAGCCUCCCGGGCCCAGCUCUCCUCCAUUGCACCCUCCCCCACCUCUCCUACCCCUCUCCAAGAGGAGAUCUGCGUGCAUUGGUUCAUCUCUGACUUGGACCUCUUUAAACUUUGUCAAUAUUGACCUCUGGGUCCCAUAAAGCAGAAAUGCUCCCAGAGGAGCCAAUAUCCGGAGCCUAGCAAGGCCAUCGGAGGAACUGC